CAGCCUGGAGCGAGUCGGGAGCAGGCGGCGAGACCCGAGCGGUGGGACCCGAGCGAAGGCAGCGCCGAGGCCGCGGUGCCCCGCCGGGCCGCCCCAGCCGCCGCCAUGGGCAUCAAAUUUUUAGAAGUUAUCAAACCUUUCUGUGCAGUUCUACCAGAAAUUCAGAAACCUGAAAGGAAAAUCCAGUUUAGAGAGAAGGUACUAUGGACUGCCAUAACUCUCUUCAUUUUCUUAGUAUGUUGUCAGAUACCACUAUUUGGAAUCAUGUCAUCAGAUUCUGCAGAUCCUUUCUACUGGAUGAGAGUUAUUCUUGCAUCCAACAGAGGAACUUUAAUGGAAUUGGGUAUCUCCCCAAUUGUAACAUCUGGUUUGAUUAUGCAGUUGUUGGCUGGAGCCAAAAUCAUUGAAGUUGGAGACACACCCAAAGAUAGAGCUCUAUUCAAUGGAGCCCAGAAACUAUUUGGUAUGAUCAUUACCAUUGGGCAAGCCAUUGUGUAUGUCAUGACGGGCAUGUAUGGGGAUCCUGCUGAAAUGGGUGCUGGCAUCUGUCUCCUUAUCAUUAUUCAGUUGUUUGUUGCUGGUUUGAUUGUGCUGCUGUUAGAUGAGCUGCUACAGAAGGGUUACGGCUUGGGGUCUGGUAUUUCCCUCUUUAUUGCCACCAACAUCUGUGAAACCAUUGUCUGGAAGGCCUUUAGUCCCACUACUAUUAACACUGGCAGAGGUACUGAGUUUGAGGGUGCAGUCAUAGCACUCUUUCACUUACUGGCCACCAGGACAGACAAGGUCCGCGCUUUACGGGAGGCUUUCUAUCGUCAGAACUUACCCAAUCUCAUGAACCUCAUUGCUACGGUUUUUGUGUUCGCCGUUGUUAUAUAUUUUCAGGGAUUUCGUGUUGACUUGCCCAUCAAGUCGGCCCGGUAUCGAGGACAGUACAGUAGCUAUCCCAUCAAGCUCUUCUACACCUCGAACAUUCCCAUUAUUCUCCAGUCGGCCUUAGUGUCAAACCUGUAUGUUAUUUCCCAGAUGCUGUCUGUUCGAUUUAGUGGCAACUUUUUAGUAAAUUUACUAGGACAGUGGGCUGAUGUCAGUGGGGGAGGACCUGCUCGUUCUUACCCGGUGGGAGGCCUCUGCUACUAUCUUUCUCCUCCCGAGUCCAUGGGCGCCAUAUUUGAGGAUCCUGUCCAUGUGGUGGUUUAUAUCAUCUUCAUGUUGGGAUCAUGUGCAUUCUUUUCUAAGACAUGGAUAGAGGUGUCUGGUUCCUCAGCCAAAGAUGUAGCUAAGCAGCUUAAAGAACAGCAAAUGGUAAUGAGGGGCCACAGAGAUACCUCUAUGGUUCAUGAACUUAAUAGGUACAUCCCCACGGCGGCCGCGUUUGGUGGCCUGUGCAUCGGCGCCCUGUCGGUGUUAGCCGACUUCCUCGGGGCCAUCGGCUCUGGCACUGGCAUCCUGCUUGCGGUCACUAUUAUUUAUCAGUAUUUUGAAAUUUUUGUCAAGGAACAGGCUGAAGUCGGUGGGAUGGGUGCUUUGUUUUUCUAAAUGUUCCAACAUUUCUUCUUGUGUGUGUGAAAGGGAAAAUACUUUUGACACAAUGUUUUUGUCCAGUAAUGCUGGUUCCCCUUUCCUUCCCUCACAGUUUGUGUUCACGUGCUCACUGGCCCAUUUGUGAAAUGGGCGCCGAGCUGAGCCUGUGUGCAGCAUGAGUACCAGCUGCCUUAAAACUAAAGUUUACAUUAUUCGUUUGAAAAUGUCCCUGUAGUGUUGCCUGUGAUGCUGGAAAGCAGUGUAGCUGCCGUGCCCUGCUCACUUGUGCCGGCGAGACGGUGGUGUGGAUCGGUUUUGCACACAACAUUCAGAACACUCUCUUCCCCCCACUUGUUUAAAAAUAAAUGUAGUUCAAAUUGCCA